AGAAUUACAACAAAAACAUAUCAAAUAAUGAAAGACCAAAUAGACAAUAAUCGCGAACUUCGAUCCAAAAUAAGGGAUGAUGAUUUUAUUAAACAACAAUUGUCUUUGUUGUCUCCAGGAAUUGAUAAUUCGGAAAAACGAUUUUUGGUUCACGAGUUUACCCGUUCAGCAAUGCUUUUGCCAGAUUUUAAUGAAUAUCAACGUCUUAGUCCGUUAAUUAAUGCUUUGGUUAGUGAAGUGGAUACAAAUGAUUUACUUGGAUGUUCUACAGCAUUGGAAAUGUUGGCUGAUAUAGCUUCUUCUAAACAAGAAAAUAUUAAUUAUUUUGAAAGUAUUGGACUUUUACAAAAAAUUUAUAAACUUUUCCAAACGACAAAAGAAGAUACGGACAUGGGUAUUACACACACAGCUUGUAUUCGUUUCUUUGGCUAUUUAAGUACAACAGAUUCCAAUGCUUUAGAAAAGUUUCCAAUUUUUACUUCUGAUGUUUUUGAUGCAAUCUAUCAUUUUGAUUCUCUCGAUCCUCUUAGACGCAAAUUGGCUUUUGAAACAUUUGCUGUUGUGACAAAAACUAUUGGAGCAAAAAGAUUUUUGAGCAGCGAAAAUUGUCCAUACAAUAUUGCUAAAGCCUUUAAUUGUCUUGCUGUAGCAAUUGCAAGAGGAUCAGCUACACCAGAAAGGAAGGCUUGGUAUUUAGAUAAUAUUACUACAAUAUUUGGAAAUGUCGAGAGUGCUGAAUCUUCAAAUGUUUUAAAAAUUUGGUUUAAUUAUUUGGGUGAACACUUCCCUAAAUUACUUUUUGAUUGUCUUAAAAAAUUAAUUCCGGAAGUUCAAAUUGCUUCUUUAAAUGCUUUAAUUGCUUUAAUGAAACAUCAAUGGGCACCAGAAUAUUUUUGUUUAAUUGAUGGGUUUGUUUUUUAUUUUUUUAUCGAGUUUAUAGAGUUUUUGGCAAUUCGGGGUUUUUGA